CAUGACCCGCGGCCGCCUAUGCUCCGCCCCGCCACGCGUGCGCUUAGGCGCCGCUGAGCGCUGACUGGGUGCGAGCGGGGAAGCCGCUAACCUGACCCGGAUUGGCGCUGAGGUGGCCCGUGGGGCAGGGCAGAUGAUUCUGGACCAGAUGAAGCCUGAGGCGCCUUCCAGCUCUGAGAUAGCAGGAUAGGAGACUUCCGAGCCCGGAGCUACAGAAGACUUGCCAGCCCCACAGCACGAUGUCAGGAAGCCAUACACCUUCUGCCUGUGGCCCUUUCUCAGCCCUGACUCCGAGCAUAUGGCCCCAGGAGAUCCUGGCCAAGUAUACACAGAAGGAAGAGUCAGCAGAGCAACCAGAUUUCUACUACGAUGAGUUUGGUUUCCGUGUGUACAAGGAAGAAGGUGGUGAGCCUGGCUCUAGUCUGCUGGCGAGCUCCCCGCUGCUGGAGGAUGCUCCACAGAGGCUGCGGUGGCAGGCCCACCUGGAGUUCACCCAUAACCACGACGUGGGGGAUCUCACCUGGGACAAGAUUGCAGUCUCUCUGCCCCGCUCUGAGAAGCUCCGUUCCCUGGUGCUGGCCGGCAUCCCACAUGGCAUGAGGCCACAGCUAUGGAUGCGGCUCUCUGGGGCCCUGCAGAAGAAGAGGAACUCCGAGCUGUCCUACCGCGAGAUUGUGAAGAACAGCUCCAAUGAUGAGACCCUUGCUGCCAAGCAGAUUGAGAAGGACCUGCUGCGCACCAUGCCCAGCAACGCCUGCUUCGCCAGCAUGGGCAGCAUCGGGGUGCCCCGCCUGCGCAGGGUGCUCCGGGCCCUGGCCUGGCUCUACCCAGAGAUCGGCUACUGCCAGGGCACUGGUAUGGUGGCUGCCUGCCUCCUGCUGUUCCUGGAGGAGGAGGACACCUUCUGGAUGAUGUGCGCCAUCAUCGAGGACCUGCUCCCCGCCUCCUACUUCAGCACCACCCUGCUGGGCGUCCAGACUGACCAGCGGGUCCUGCGCCACCUCAUUGUCCAGUACCUGCCUCGCCUGGACAAGCUGCUCCAGGAGCAUGACAUCGAGCUGUCCCUGAUCACACUGCACUGGUUCCUCACGGCCUUCGCCAGCGUGGUGGACAUCAAGCUGCUUCUGCGCAUCUGGGACCUGUUUUUCUAUGAGGGCUCCCGGGUGCUGUUCCAGCUCACGCUGGGCAUGCUGCACCUCAAGGAAGAAGAGCUGAUCCAGUCAGAGAACUCAGCCUCCAUCUUCAACACGCUAUCGGAUAUCCCGUCGCAGAUGGAGGACGCAGAGCUGCUUCUGGGGGUGGCCAUGCGGCUGGCCGGCUCCCUCACCGACGUGGCUGUGGAGACUCAGCGCCGCAAGCACCUGGCCUAUCUCAUUGCAGACCAGGGUCAGCUCCUGGGGACCGGCACCCUCACCAACCUCUCUCAGGUUGUUCGCCGCAGGACCCAGCGGAGGAAGUCCACCAUCACUGCUCUGCUCUUCGGGGAGGAUGACCUGGAGGCACUCAAGGCCAAGAACAUCAAGCAGACGGAACUGGUGGCUGACCUCCGGGAAGCCAUCCUGCGCGUGGCGCGUCACUUCCAGUGCGCAGACCCCAAAAACUGCAGCGUGGAGCUGACUCCAGACUACAGCAUGGAGAGCCACCAGCGGGACCACGAGAACUACGUGGCAUGUUCACGCGGCCACCGGCGCCGAGCCAAGGCCCUGCUGGACUUCGAGCGGCACGACGACGACGAGCUGGGCUUCCGCAAGAACGACAUCAUCACAAUCGUGUCUCAGAAGGACGAGCACUGCUGGGUGGGGGAGCUCAACGGCCUGCGAGGCUGGUUUCCAGCCAAGUUUGUGGAAGUCCUGGAUGAGCGCAGCAAAGAGUAUUCCAUCGCGGGGGACGACUCAGUGACGGAGGGGGUCACAGACCUCGUGCGAGGGACUCUCUGCCCGGCCCUUAAGGCCCUGUUCGAACAUGGACUGAAGAAGCCAUCCCUGCUUGGGGGCGCCUGCCACCCCUGGCUGUUUAUAGAGGAGGCUGCAGGCCGGGAGGUCGAGAGAGAUUUUGCCUCCGUGUAUUCCCGCCUGGUGCUCUGUAAGACCUUCAGGUUGGACGAAGAUGGCAAGGUCCUGACCCCAGAGGAGCUGCUCUACCGGGCUGUGCAGUCCGUGAACGUGAGCCAUGAUGCAGUGCACGCACAAAUGGACGUGAAGCUCCGCUCACUGAUCUGCGUGGGGCUCAAUGAGCAGGUGCUGCACCUGUGGCUGGAGGUGCUCUGCUCCAGCCUGCCCACCGUGGAGAAGUGGUACCAGCCCUGGUCCUUCCUGCGCAGCCCGGGCUGGGUCCAGAUCAAGUGUGAGCUCCGAGUCCUCUGCUGCUUUGCCUUCAGCCUCUCCCAGGACUGGGAACUCCCUGCCAAGAGAGAGGCGCAGCAGCCCCUGAAGGAGGGCGUCCGGGACAUGCUGGUGAAGCACCAUCUCUUCAGCUGGGAUGUGGAUGGGUGACCCCUCCUCCCCAGCCCAGCCUUGGGCCUGGGUCUGAGGUGGCCCAGGACCCCAAGCUGCAGAGCCCAGGGAAGAGCAGCUCCAGAGCCCUGGCCGGGGCCCCGGGAUAUCAGGCUGCCCCACUCCAGGUUCCCCAGCACAUCCCAGGUGAUGGCAGCAGAGGGUGCCCUGCCCUACCAGGGUCCUUAGAGAUGCUCUGGGCCAAACCAGUUUGUACCAAAAGCCUUGUGAGGCGGUGGGGAGCCAUGUCUGUGCCAGUCUUUGCUCAGGAAGAGGGAAGGGGAUGGGGGUGACUAAUAGGCUCCUGUCCUCCUUGGUUUAUAAAUAAACUGUCUUUGAGAACGUACCUCCUGUCUUCUGUACAGCCAGGGCUGCAGAGCUGUCUUCAUGUCCAAGGCUCUGCCCUUCCUUGACUGGUCUAGAAGGCACUGCCUGGCCCCUCAGAUGCUGGGACACAACAGGCCCAGGACCCCCACCUAUGCCACCCACCCCUUCCAUGGAUUAAGAUGCACUAACAGGCC